UAUUCAGUAUUUUAGUAACUUUUGAAUCAUGUGGAUAUCGUGGCAGAAAACCAUUGCAUUAUAUUAUUUAGUCUUAUUUUGUAUGCUAAAUGCGCAUGGAAAAAUUUUAGAUUAUGAAGAAAGUCAAGAUGAUUCCAUAAAGUUUUAUGUAUACACCAGACAAAAUGAUGAGACACCACAACCUUUGAAAGCGGAUGUAGAGUCUAUAGUGCGAAGUGUUCUAAAUCCGACCAAAGAAACUACAAUGGCUAUUCACGGUGAGCUAGGAAACAAAACUGCUGAGGAAUAUUUGAUAAUUAAGAACUCUAAAUUAAAAAUUAAUGAUGCCAACGUUAUUAUAGUGGAUUAUAGUUUCCUAAUUGAAGACGAAGAUUUUGAAGCUGUUGCCAUUUCGGCUGAAUUAGUAGCCAAAGCUAUUGCUGAUUUACUUAUAUUGCUGCAAGAGAGUUUCAAUGUGAAUUUGCAAAACAUUGAUAUAGUAGGUUUUAGUCUCGGUGGCCAAAUUGCUGGACUUGUGGGACAAAACGUUUAUCACCAUUUUGGUGAAAAGGUGAAACGCAUAACAGCUCUAGAUCCCGUGGGAAUACUCUUCACUGAGACCACUCCAGCUAACGAAAAAUUAACUCCUGAUGACGCAGAUUAUGUGGAAGUUGUACAUACGAAUGCCGGUGAAUACGGAUAUCAGACACCCUGUGGUCAUGUGGACUACUAUCCGAAUGGUGGUAAAAUUCAAUCUGGUUGCAGUGUCACUGAUAACAUUUGCUCUCACAAUCGUGCAUAUCAAUUAAUAACCGAAAUGUGGUCACCAGUUGAAAAUCAUGAAUUGUUACUGCUUAAAUGUGAAAAUGUCGAAUUUAUGAGCUUGGACUCUUGUCGUUGGCUAAACGAAAGAAUGGGUGAAUUAGGGCUGCAGCCAAAGGGUCUGUAUUAUGUAGAAACUAAUAACAAUGUUCCUUUUGGUAAAGGAGCUUUUAAAUCACAAUUUUUAUAAAAUGUGAUUGUGAAUGGUUUCCAUAACCCUCUGUUGGAGUAAUGUAUUUAUGAACUAACAUUUGCAUUAAGAAAAUCCAAUAAAUUCUAAAGUUUCAUUUUUAUUUACAUA